GCAACCCUCACCAGUUGUGAGAGCUAAACCUUGUGCGAGAGACGCUUAUCACACCACAAGGUCAGGCCACUUCAUUCACAUAAAGCCUGACUCGUCUCAGUGUCUCUUCGUCACUGAUCCGAUACGUCGUUUACCUCCUCGAGAUUAAUUAAGAUGGACCAGCCAACUUUUGUAGAGGGCUUCCAUGACCCAGAAUCCGUCAAGAAGAUGACAUACCACCCCCUUGGUAACACAGGGAUGCAGGUGUCCCGCUUAUCCUUAGGCGGUGGUCCCAUAGGAGGUCUCUACGGGAACACUUUGGAGACAGAAUGUGUGAAUAUGAUACACUCUGCCCUCAAAAGCGGCGUCAACUAUAUCGACACUGCCCCUUGGUACGGUAAUGGCAGGAGUGAGGAGGUAUUGGGGAAGGCCCUGAAGGACGUGCCUCGCAGCGCCUACUACAUCGGCACCAAGGUCGGCCGCUACGAGCCCUGCGUGGAGCGCAUGUUCGACUUCUCGGGCGAUCGCGUUGCCCGCAGCGUCGACCACAGCCUGGAGCUCCUCGGCCUCGACUACGUUGACGUCAUCCAGGUUCAUGAUCUUGAGUUUGCCGAGAGUGUGGACUUGAUAGUGAAUGAAACCCUGCCGGCGCUGCAGAAGGUCGUGGAACAAGGCAAAGCGAGGCAUAUCGGAAUCACAGGCUAUCCUCUGAGCCUACUGAAGGAGGUGGUGGAGAGAUCCAGCGUUAAGAUCGAGGUAGUGCUGUCUUACGCGCGCAACACGCUCAUCGAUGACGUCUUGAAGGAGUAUCUACCCUUCUUCCAGUCCCGGAACAUCGGAGUAAUCAGCGCAUGCGCAGUGGCGAUGGGUCUCCUGUGCGAGGGCGAGCCUCCUGAAUGGCACCCCGCCCAGCAGGAGAUCAAGGACGCUUCGAAACUCGCCGCCAAAUUCUGCAAGGACGCGGGCAGCGACUUGGCUCGUCUGGCCGUGCAGUUCUCGGCCAGCACGGAGGGCGUGGCCACACACCUCAUGGGCUGCAACGACAGUCGCAUCUUCAGACGCAAUCUGGAGGCCAUCCUCACUCCUCCUACAGCUCAUGAGAUCGCACUCUCUCAACAAGUGCGAGAAAAGUUCUUCCAAACGCUGUCGAGGCGAGAGUGGGAGGGCGCGAGCGUGGCCGAGUACUGGGAGGAACUGAAGAAGUUGCAAACGGGAAAAAGCUAAGAGACGCAAUGAAGAGAAGAAGAAAAGAGAGAAACUGGAGAGG